GACCCAAGUCACCAAGCCCAUCCUUAGCCAUUCAUAACCGUAGAACCUCAUCCGUAAACCCGGCAGUUCUCUCCUCCCGCAGUCCCCCUUUUAAACCCUUUCUCAAGUGGAACUUGUGGUCCGAAUCAGUUUCUUCCGCCCUUCCUAUCUUCUUCUUCUUCCUCAGUUCUUCCUAGGCGGCUUCCAUUCCGACGACGUAACCCGUUACCAUUAAAAGCUCUGAGUUCAAUCCGAUGGUAUCUAAUUAGUAAUUACUGGUGGGGACUAUUAAAGAUGCCAGCAUUAAUCUCGCCAAGGUUGCUCCUUUUUGGAGAGUCUCUCUCCUUGCAUAGGUUUCCACAUGUUUCUCGGAAUGCUUGGUUCCAUAGAAGUGUUUGUAGUCUGAGUCUUGCAAGUCUUGGCUUCAAAGGCGAUCUUGAAACGCCAGAGAACGGGAAAAUCAAUGAAGUCAAGGUGCUGAAGUUGCUUACAGAGGUCCCGAAGAGUAAAGCCAAGGUGGUUAGAAGCCAUGUAGUGAAGGCAGCUGGGCCACACAGAUCACUUGAAAUAGAUUCGAGUAUCUUUAAUGCGAAGUCGUUUUUUGAGCUCGGCCUUCCACCUUUGUUGAUCGAGAGGUUAGAGAAGGAAGGCUUCAAGACUCCAACUGAUGUUCAAGCCACUGCAAUUCCAACAAUUCUUGAAGAUCAUGAUGUUGUAAUUCAAUCUUACACGGGCUCAGGAAAGACGUUGGCUUAUCUUCUUCCCGUCCUUUCUGAAGUGGGCCCUCUAAAGACGAGAACAUCUGAGGGCGAUGGUGAACCUGGGAAGAAAACAGAUAUAGAAGCAGUAAUUGUGGCUCCUUCUAGGGAGCUGGGUAUGCAAAUUGUGAGAGAGUUUGAGAAGAUAUUAGGGCCUGCACACAAAAAAGUGGUGCAGCAGCUUGUUGGGGGCGCAAAUCGAACAAGGCAGGAAGAAGCGCUGAGGAAAAAUAAACCUUCCAUUGUUGUUGGAACCCCAGGAAGGCUUUCGGAGAUUAGUGCAGCUGGUAAGCUUCACACCCACGGCUGUCGUUUCUUGGUCUUAGAUGAGGUUGAUCAGCUGCUAUCAUUUAAUUUUCGGGAGGACAUGCACCGGAUAUUGGAACAUGUUGGGAGGAAAUCUACUGGAGACUCGCAUGGACCAAAAGGAUCACUUGCCAAGCGGGCUGAGCGUCAGACCGUUUUGGUUUCUGCCACAGUACCAUUCUCAGUGAUACGGGCAGCCAGGAGCUGGGGGCACGAUCCACUUCUCAUCCAAGCCAAAAAAGUCAUGUCCAUUGAAUCUAUUUCUCCAACGGGGCCCAUUAAUUUGUCAGGACCAUCGACCAAUUCCGAUCCAUCCCAAAAUUUGCAAGGUCAGUCUGCAAUACAGAGCCUACCUCCAUCUCUUAAACACUACUACUGUGUCACAAAGAUACAACACAAGGUUGAUGCGUUGAGAAGAUGUGUUCAUGCUCUUGAUGCCAAGUCUGUUAUAGUCUUCAUGAACCACACUAAGCAGCUUAAAGAUACCGUCUUCAAGCUGGAGGCUCGUGGAAUGGUAGCAGCAGAGCUACAUGGGGAUCUUGGUAAACUUGGUAGAACAACAACUCUGAAAAAGUUUAAAAACGGGGAGGUUAGAAUCCUGGUGACAAAUGAACUUUCAGCGAGGGGUUUGGAUGUCGCAGAAUGUGAUCUUGUUGUCAAUCUGGACUUGCCCACUGACUCAAUUCAUUAUGCACAUCGAGCUGGUCGGACUGGCCGGCUUGGCCGGAAGGGCACUGUCGUAACAAUAUGCGAAGAGUCACAAGUUUUUGUUGUGAAGAAGCUGCAGAAGCAGCUCAGCGUUCCCAUUGCAGCUUGUGAGUUCACAGAGGGCAAGCUCGUUAUCACCGAAGAAGAGAAGGCUAUACCGGCUCUGAGGUGAUGAUACUUUGCUACUCUUUUCUUGUAUACUGAUUGCACUGCUGCAACUUUUGAGUAUUUGCAAUUAGCAAAGUGACUAAUAUAGUUUCUCUUGUCAUUAAAACGAAUAAUUAAUAUAGUUAUGUUUUGAGACAAA